AAGAGAGCGUGGCACGGUUCGUCACGAGAUUUAGCUGCAACACUUAUAGUCUGAGCUCGCACCCGCCUUGAUCAACUCCGCUAUCGACUUGUCUAGGUCGCGGGUGUAGCGCCUUGCUGCGCACCGUAAAAUCUUUGCUCUAUGGCCAGUUGAAGUGCUCGCUCAAGCUACUCAGUCCAAGCAACUAGCACUAUGUCGCAGAACCCCUUCUCUCGGCUGUCGCCAGAGCUUAUCCAGAACAUUGCCAGCUUCAUGCAUCCCAGUUAUGUCGCCCUUGGAUACAAGCUGUCCUGCAAGGAGGUCGCCGAGGCGCUGCAGGAGCAAUACCACACCAUCAAGCUGCGGGGCGAGCCGCGCUCGCUCGAGCCUUACUCCGCGUAUGACGAUCCUAUUGUGGUUGUAGUUGCGGAGCAGCCCUGGCCCGGGGCCGCAUUCGUGGCGCACUGGGGCCGGCCUGAGCCCUGGCGCGCCCUGUCCCGCUGGCAGCGGCACCGGCUGCUGUGCCUGGCCGCGUCCAGCCACCACCCGCCCAGCCUGGACGCGGCGCUGGCGCACUGCGGGGCUGCCAUCAUGGUGGACGCGCUGGUGUCCGCGGCAGCGGCCGGCGACCUGGAGGCCUGCCGGCGGCUCCAUGAACGGGAUGGAUGCCACUUCGACACACAGGAAGUGGUUGUGGCGGGGCUGACGGGCCACCUUGCCGUCUGCGAGUGGCUGGCGGGCAAAUGCCGCCCAUGGCAGUUGAGCAAUCUGCUUCUAGCGGCAAUUUAUUCUGGGCACAAGGAGGUCGCCGAGUUGGCGACACACCGGUAUGAGCCUGCUUAUGGAGACGAGUCAUACCAGCUCGGCGCGGCCGCCAAGGGGGGGCGUCUGGAGCUGGUGCAGGAGCUGGGGCCAGACUACAAUUUCCACCAACCCCGCAUGGUCAUGUACUGUGGGGUGUGGAGAGAUGCACUGUUCGGCUGCCCUCUGGAGGUGCUGCAGCAGCACCAUGAGCAAUGGGCGUACCGCUACAAUUACGAGCAGCAGCUGCUGUGGGCGGCAGCCAGUCCCACGCCCGACUGGUCCGCGAAGUGUGAGUGGCUUCUCGCCACAUGGGGAGGUCUGCCCGCGGACAGCUCGAAUGACGUCAGGUUUGAGGAAGAGGCCUUUGCAGCCCUCUUGCAACGGCCGGACGUCCCGCUGCGGCUGCAGCUGCUGGCAACCCACGGUGUGGAGCCAGCCAGCCUGCUCCAGGCAGCGUCAGAGGCAGCAGGCGCCAUCGGCAGCACCACAAUGGCGGAGUUCUGUCUGGAUGAGCUGCCGGCGCUGCUGCUGCAGUGGCGGGCAGCGCCGGCGCCUGGCAGGGAGGCGCAGCGGUGGCAGGAGCAGCAGGCGCAGCCGCAGCAGCUGCCAGCACAGGAGGACAUCAUGGAAUUUAUGGCUGAGGCGGCGGCGGAGAAUCAGCAGGUGUCAGUGCUGCGGCUGCUGCGGCAGCGGGGCUUUGACGGGUUCGGGCUGACCCACCUGCUCGCUGCAAUCAAUAGUGUGUGGAACUGCUGGCGGCCCAGUGUUAAGCCACCCCCACACUGCAUGGGCGCCCCAGCCCUGCACUUCCUGCUGCUGGAGGAGCCGGAGGCGCUGUUGGGGCCUGGUGAGGAGCUCCCUUUGAGCAGCACGUAUGUGUUCAGGGCGGCAGCACACCUCGGUGCCGACCUGGCGCUGCUGCGGCUCCUGCACGAGGAGCACGGUGCACGCAUCGACCUAGCGGCAGUGGCGGCGGAGGGCAGCGAGGAGGCUGUGGCCUGGGCAGUGGAUGCACUGGUGGCAGCUGGGCUGGCACCACAGCCGCUUUCCUGCACCAAGCAUGGGCAGGUGGUCACAAGCGGCAAUCUGGCUGUGGCAAACUUCCUGUCCCAGCGGGGGCUCAUUGGAGCACAUGGGCAGGGCUCCGAGGAUGAGGGCUCUGAAGAUGAGAGCUCGGGCUCUGAAGAUGAGGGCUCUGAGGGUGAGGGCUCUGAAGAUGAGAGCUUGGGCUCUGAAGAUGAGGGCUCUGAGGGUGAGGGCUCUGGGCAUGAGGACUCUAAUGAUGAUAGUUCAGAAUAUGAGGGCCAUGAGGAUGAGGGAUCGGAGGAUAUGGACUGGGGAGCUUAGCAAAAUGUAUCCACUCUGGGGGGGCCACAUGCUGCCCUUGCGUGCAGUCAGUCGGCUUGCAGGACUGCACGAGGUGGUUGUGAUGGCACCAGCGAUGGCUGGGUCUUGAUAGGCUAGGCCAAACAGCUCAAAAGUUUGCACCCGCCUUCACAGCAAAGGGGCUGGUUUUGGUGGCAGGAGGGAAGCGGAGAAAUAGGCUGGCGAGGAAGCGCAUGCUGGUUAGGCGAAUCGUGUGAUUUCUUAUUCUCCUUUGCGUUUGGCGUUUUAGCCGUGAACGGCUGCGGAGCCGAGGGCUAGUUGUCUUUUCCCACCCGCCCACCCUACUUGUUUACGCCAGUUUACGCUUUUUCUGCUACAUGGAGGCUUGCUACCUAGCGCGGUUUUGAGUCACUCUUUUGUUUUCGUCGGGGGGUGGUGGUCUCUGCCAGGGCAGACAGGCCGGGCAGACCCGUGUUGGUAAGUAGGCGGUGUAGAGAUUAGACGGCUGGGGCCAAGAGAAGCGGCGUGCGACAGUCUUAGCCACGCCGCCCAAGUAAGGGCACAGCCGCUUACUCCCCAUAUCCAUUUGCCCUCCCUGGAUGAUAAACGCAUGCAAACUUGAGCAGGAUGGUUACAAGGCGUUUGUGGGAAUGCUGUAAUUGGUGGUGAUU